UUCUAGAUUUUUCUCAUUUUGUCCUAAUUUCCAUAUUUUUCAAAAUUUCCCCAAAUUUUUACAUUUUAAUGAUUUUUUCAAUAAAUUUAUCUAAAAUUGUUAUAAAUUUGAUUAACUGUGUAAUAUAACCAAUUCUUAUUGCUAAUAUAAUUUUAAUGCAAAAGGGUAUAAAAAUAAUUCUGGUGACUUCAUUUGUAUCAAUUUGUACUAUGGAACUUGUAAUUUGGCAAAAGAAAGCGAAUCAACGUAAGAGGCACGCUGGAGUUUUAAGGGAUAUCUCCAAUAGAAUACACAGUACAGUUGAAUAACCUUGUUAUUAACUUUAUUCCUAAAAUAUAAAUUAAUAAUUGCAAUAAUCUUACAGUUAUGGGUGGAAUGAACUUUGAUAAUGCCUAUAAUUCUUCUAGGGAUCCAAUCCCUGGAUUUAAUAUGAGUCGUGUUCAAGGUGUAGAGAAUUUUAAACGCAAUGAGCACUUUCUUUACCUUAAACAACAGGAAUCUGAUCCCGGGCACACUUCAAAUGACCCCAAAUCUACCAAUAAAAAUCCUAAUUUAAAUUAUAAACCGCCCAAUUUCACCUCUGGAACAGAUAAAUUUUCAAAGGUCAGACAAUACAUUCAAGAGAAUAAAGAUUUGAAAUCAAUUGCCAGAGGCAAAAAAGCUACUAAAUUAGCUUUUCUUGGAGUCUCAGUUGUUUUCUGUAUCGCUUGUUCUAUUGGACUCUAUUGGUAAUUUUUUUAAACAAUUCACUCCAUUCUUCACUAGUUCACCAUAUUUUUCACUAAUUCACUAAAAAUUUCAACAAUUUAAUAUAUUUUAUCAUCAAUUUCACUUUAAUCGUAAUAUUUCUAAUGUAU